ACUUCGAACUGACGCCCUGCAACGGGGAGCCGCCCUUGGUCAACCCUGCGACCGGACGGGACUUCUACUGCGGGAAAGGGCCGGAUACCGAGACGUGUCCGGAUGGGUACUACUGCCACUGGACGCUCUCCUUCGCGAAGUGCUGUCCGCUUGACCAAGAGGAGAACGUGACGCUGGCGGGUCCUUCGUGCCGCCAGUCCUCCUACGGCUGCUGUCCUGACGGGAAGUCCGCCGCCCUGGGACCCAACUACGGCGGCUGUCCCUCCAUCUGCCAGUGCCACAAGCUGGGUGCCUACGACGAGGUGUGUGACCCCGUGACCAACCAGUGCCGCUGCAAGCCAGGCGUCGGGGGCACCAAGUGUGACCGCUGCGAGCCCGGCUUCUGGGGGCUGCCCAGGAUCCAGCGCGGGAGCAAAGGAUGCCUGCCCUGCGGGUGUUCGCUGUUCGGGUCGGUGCGCGACGACUGCGAGCAGAUGACGGGGCAGUGCGUGUGCAAGCCGGGCAUUCGGGGCAAGAAGUGCAACGAGUGCCCCGAGGGCCUGGUGCUGGGCCCCAAGGGCUGCAGAACCAGCGGCGUCACCACGCCCCCGCCCCGGUCCUGCGCUGAGCUCGAGUGCUACUUCGGCGCCAGGUGCCAGGAACACGAGGGCCACGCGGAGUGCAAGUGCGACGCCCAGUGCCCCGAAGACACGCCCUCGUCCCCGCGGCCCGUGUGCGGCUCUGACAUGGAGACGUAUGCCAGCGAGUGCCACCUGCGCCUCUUCGCGUGCCACUACCAGAAGGACGUGGUGGUCGACGCCCUCGGCUCGUGCCCUCCUCCAGGCAACCAGUCCGACGGCGUGACGGAGUCGCCGCUGCGCCGGUCCACCGCGCCGCUGUCGACGGAGCCGCACCGCGAGGAGGCGGCGAAGGCCACGCGCCACCUGCUGCUGCCCGAGUACGUGAUCGGAGGCGCCCCCGGCUCCAGCACGCACAGCCUCUCCAACAGCAUCUUCAGCGUGCCGCCCACGCCCGUCACCAUCGCCGCCUUCGGCCUGCUGGGCUCGAUCUGUUACCGCGACAAGGACUGCUCGGUGCCCUACUCGCGCUGCAAGACGUCCAUUUGCACGUGCCGCAGCGGGUACACGCAGAGCGCCGACCGUCAGACGUGCGUGGUGACGACCCCGGGGCGAGAGGAGGUCGUCGGGGCGUGCGUCCGACGACCCUGCCAGAGGGGAGGCACCUGCCGGGAGCUCACCAACGGGGGGUACAGCUGCCAGUGCCCCCCCAGGACCACGGGCCUCCAGUGCGAGAAGGAGUUGCCGCCGCCCUACGAGACGCCCUCCUUCAGCGGCUCGUCCUACCUGGAGGUCAAGAAGAUCAAGGCCUACAACAAAGUGCAGCUGGAGCUCGAAUUCCGCACCUUCACGGACAGCGGCAUCCUCCUGUACAGCCAGCAGCAGCCUGACGGGUCGGGCGACUUCAUCUCCCUGGCGCUGGUCGACGGAUACGUGGAGUUCCGCUACAACCUGGGCUCGGGGCCGGCGGUCAUCAGGAGUCAUCACAGGGUGCAGAUGAAGCGCUUCCACAGGGUGGUGGCCAAGAGGUACCAGCGCGACGGCAUCCUGCAGCUGGACGACGCCGAGGACGCCAUCGGAAAGGCCCCGGGGACACUCAAGAGCCUGGACCUGCGAGGCUCCACGUACGUCGGAUACGUCCCCACCAACGAAAGGAGAGUAUGGGAAAACGUGGGCACCUCCGAGGGCCUGGUCGGUUGCCUGCGCUCAGUCCGGAUAAACGGGCGUCCCCUCGACCUGGUGUGGCCCGGAUCCCCCCACGUGAUCCGCGCCGAACACGUGGGCGAGUGCUCCGCGUCGCCGUGCGCCAACCUGCCCUGCCUCAACCACGGCUCGUGUAGGCCUACCGACGACGGCCAUUUCAAGUGCCUCUGCGUCCAAGGGUUCAUCGGGGAGCGGUGCGAGGUCAAGCUGGACCCGUGCGAGAGCCAGCCGUGCCAAGCCGGGGCAACCUGUGUCACGCUCCCGACCAAGGAUUUCCUGUGCAAGUGCCCCCCAGGCAGAAGAGGAACGCUGUGUGACCAGAUGGACCGCACCCUCCGCGAGAUGGUGAUCCCCGACUUCGACGGCGACGCGUACCUGGAGCUGCCGACCCUGGACAACGUGGGCAUGUCCUUCGCCCUCGAGAUCUGGUUCCUGACGCGCUCUCCCGACGGCGUGCUGCUGUACAACGGGCAGAUGGGCGGCGGCGGAGACUUCAUCGCCCUCAACCUCCGCAAUGGACACCUCGAGUUCUCCUACAACCUCGGCUCGGGACUCGCCACGCUAGUGAGCCCCGAGCGCGUCGCCCUGAACACGUGGCACAUGGUACGCGUGCGCAGGAAGAAGAGGAGAGGCAUCCUGCAGCUCAACCGGGGCAAGAAAGUGCGGGGCAAGAGCGGGCCCAGACUCACGGAACUCAACCUCAACCAGCCGCUCUUCCUCGGAGGCCUAGAGAACUUCACCCUGGCCCACCCGGACUCUGGCGUGACCAUGGGCCUCAACGGGGCCAUCCAGAGACUGCUGGUCAACUCGGAAGUGCUGGACAACCUGGACGAGAGGGCGAGGGGAGGGCGCGGCGUCAGGAGGUACCGCGGACCCCCCUGCCUGCACAACCCCUGCCAGAACGGCGGUGUGUGCCAGCCGUUCCUCAGCCGGUUCCUGUGCAAGUGUCCAGCCUCGUUCACCGGGAAGUUCUGCGAGAAGCGUUCAGACGAAGACCAGAUGAUGAAACCGGUCAAGUUUGACGGCAAAACAUUCCUCAAGUUCCCCAACAUGGUUUACAGAGUCAAAAGAGGACAAACGACCAACCAGUUUGAGAUUCGUUUCCGCGCGACCAGUGGCGAUGGUUUGCUCGUUUGGCUCAACAAGGGAACGACCCUCACGGGAGACUACCUGGCCAUCGCAAUCAACGGCGGGUUCAUCGAACUUUCGUACAACCUCGGCAAGCAACAGACGCUCCACAUCGUUAGAUCUAAGGUGCGCGUGGACGACGGCCAGUGGCACACCCUGGUGGCGCACAGGAGGAAGCGGCUGGGCGUCCUCAGGGUGGACAACGAGCGACCCGUCAAGGGCGUCUCGGAGAAGGGCGCCACGACACUCAACACCAACGGCAAACUGUGGAUCGGUGGCUCACCCAGAAUCCCGGACGGGCUGCCGCGGGCAUACUACCAGGGCUUCCGCGGGUGCAUCGACGCCGUGCAGGUGGAGAACCGCGACCUGAACCUGGUGACCCACGGCGACGCGCAGCUGGUCCGGUUCUGCGACGAGAUGCGGUGAGGUUCGACGCCCGGCCUCCCCCCCUCCCUCUCUGCGGCGGACUCCUGGUGCUCUCCACGCGACUCCCAACAGCUGUGCAUCUCUCCUGUGUUGGAUAAUGUGCUUGAGGAAAGAAAAUGAGUGAAUAAGUAGGGAGGAGAAAAGAAAACACGACUGGGUGCAGCGGCUUUGUCGAGUUGCGAUGCUAAAAAAAAAUAAAACAAAACAUUAAAAAAAACACAUAUUUAAGAGAAAGAAGAAAGUCUAUUUUGUAUAUGGGGAAAACGUUAUUCUGUUGUUCGAGGAAUGGUAGUGAUGAUAACAAUCAUUACGACAGCGGAAAAAACUAUAUGGUGGCGAUUUUAAGCUGUAAGUGAUGGUGAAAGGUGCGUGCCGAUUUCAUGUACAUUUCAGUGCUUUCUAGUGACUCCUUACUCUGCCUACAGGACGCGAGGUUCUGAAACACUUUGUAGGUUGUGCUUGGUGAAGGAAAAUUUAUCAUCACCGUUCUUUUCAAGGAAGUUUUAAAAGAACGAGACUUAAUGUCGACCAACCAUUAGACAAAUUAAACUAGGAAAAUACUCAUUCGUAAUCACUUUUUUUUUUAAUCGAAAGAGAAAUGUGAUUCAUAUACUUAUGAAUAAUCAGCUAAAUAUUAAAGAUCUGUCUGUGUUCUUUACUCCGUGUUCCAAAACGUGAUGGUAAAUUACAAGGAAGAUCUGGACUUCUCUCUCGCUACACAAACGGGGAACAAAAUGAACGACACAAGUGAAGUAACUUGUGUUUUUGCUGUAAAUAUGAUAUUUGUUGGAAAUAGUCAUAACAAGUGAGUGAAUGGAAGAGUGUGUAAGUAGACUUUUUUCUGACGCUGCCUAAAAAAAAAGAAAAAAAAUACAUGGAUAAAAGUUAUAUGAAAUGAAAUCCUGGGACCUGGUAAAAUGACGACUGGAAGUUAAACAAGUUGUUAGGAGUUCUUAUGACGUGUUUUCAUUGAUGUUGACAACUCGUACCUCAGCAGUAUUUAAGCAAGAUAUUGAGAGAACGAAAAAAACAGUGAAAAAAUAUAGUAAUAAAAAAAUAACAUCCAAUGUUACAUUUCAGAACUUUAUUUGUAUUCGAAUUUUUACUGUUUUUGAGCACAGUAACCCUGUAUUCCUAAAGUCGUUUUUUACAUUAAAUGGUUCCAAUUUUGCAACUUUUAAUUGUAUCACCAAUUGCUGUUAAUCUUGCAUUAAAAUACAUUAAAAUAAUACAUUUCAGGUCUACCAAUGCACUUGUAUAUUUUCUCAGUAUCAUAGUUGUAAAUUUCUAAUCCAACAGUCUAUGUGAAACCCUGAGAUGUACAGUAGUCACAAAUAGUAAAAAUAAAUAAGUAAAUAAUUUAUAGGCAGAGGAACAGCGACAGCGAUGAUAUUUGAGAGAAUCCAUCCAUAUUUCUUGUUCAAGUUAGCUGACUAAAAGAAAUAAUUGUACAGCAGAUACAUUCGUGGAUAUUGUGGGCGUUUUAUCGUUUUCUUAACCCUCCUGCCCCUCUUCUCUGCUUUUCAAACGUAUUCUUCGUUCUUGGUUUUUAUUAUCUACUUCCCUCUUCGCAAUAAAUGUAUCAUUUGUUUACACAAAGGCCAAACCACGGUGGAGGGAAGAUAAAGGACUUCAGAAAUCAAAAAAAGAAAAUAAAAGCAGCAGUUACUCUUCUGGCAUAGUUACGAGUUACUUAACUUCCCCAAUAGCAUAGCCUUGCCCCCCCCCCCCCACCCCCGAGCUACUGAUUUCGGUCGCGUCGAGAGAAGAAAGGGAGCGAGGCUUAGUCCAUUUGGCCCGCCCCUGGAAGUUUCUCAUUCCAGUUCUUACUUUUUAUUUGUUUAUGAGUUUUUUAUUAUCAUUAUCAACUGCCUUUUAGUGUCUUAGUUGCAAAGGGAAUGUGCUUUCAUUUAUUUCCGUCUUAUCCCCUUUUCUUUUCUUUUUUCUUUUCUUCCAUGAGCCCACUUGUCUUCCAGAAGAGUGUGUAAAAUGUACAUAGUGUAAGAUAAUAGAGAGACUAGCCUAUCUAAUUUUUACAAGACGUGCCAAUAGUAGGUUUGUGCAAACUCACCCACGAUAUUUAAAAUGUUAAAAAACGCAACCCAAGCAGAAAAAUAAGAAAUUAUGAUUAGUUCGAUUUUUAAUGAAUAUAUAUACCACUAUAUAUAUAUAUAAAAGACAUAAUCGAAAUAUCCAGAUCAUAUUCCGAAUGAAUGGUCCACUCAUAUUUAAUCAAAUACUUCAUGUUUUGAUAUAAUACAUAACUCAUUCAUACUGUCACGUUUUUAGUCGGUUUUUGAGUCUCAGUUCGGUGUCCUAUUGGCGAGACGCGGCUUUCGCAAAAGGCGGCGGUGAUUGUUUUUAAAUUAAUUUGAUAGGCCAAAUUUUUGCUAGUGUCUAAUGAAAGAUAACGUUCCUACGAUAGUUUUUAAUUAUUACUUCAGUUCUUUUUAUUAUUAUGAUGCAGUUGAAAUGCUUUAAAUCUCCUUGUAGAUAAUUCACAGUGUGUUUGCACAUGUUUGUAGAAAAUACAUUAUAAAAAUAA